AUGGCUUCUCCCAAGGUAUGCUGCUUCUGCCUCGGAGGCGAAACAGACGUGCCUUCGUUUGGCGAGCUUAAGGAUGGCGAGGACUUCAUAUGUCCCUGUUCGACCUGUUCGAUACAAAGCCAUCGCAAGUGCCUCUUGGACUGGUUCAAUGCUCUUCCUCUGGAUAAGCUCCAGGUCAUCGACCCCCAGGCCGUGCACGAAACGCUCACGUCACGGCGCAACGCCCUCAGUACCAACUUGGCAGAUAACCAAGACAACACUACCCAGAUCUAUAUCGACUUGUCGCCAGGACUGGUGCGGGACUGGAUCUCGCAGAACCUCUGGAGCUCGUCUGACAACGCCACUGGCGAUGUGGAGGCAGUUCUGGUGGACUUCAGCGGUUCCCGUGCCCUCAACACGCCUGUGGUGUUCAUCCUAGCGCCGUGUCCCCAGUGUAAACUGGAUAUCGUGUUUUCCAUGAAGCGCUCGUCGCUUUUGGCUGCCAAUACCAACACACGGCAAUUGUUAAUUCGGACUAUCCAGUUCGGAGGACUCUUCUUGGGGUUCACGUCUGCCGUGACAGGCGUGGUGUCUAUGGGCUACAUUGGACUCACUUCGUGUGGACUAAAGAUGAUGGAUUGCUUGAUUCCAGGACCGUUGCUCGUGCUGAUGCUUACCAAGCGCAACGUCGCCUCCAGCGCCUCCUCCACCUACAACACACUCUCCCAGUUGUUGCUCGGCAAUGUCAACAACUACGCCAUCGACAACUUGGAGCAGGCGUUGUACAAAGGGUUGAUUGAUCCGUUGAAGUUCUCGCGGAUACCUCUCUUGCCUAUCAUGCUCUACCGCAUGCGAGGCUCGUCGCUCAGCGAGUGCUUGUUUGGCAAGUCCAAGGAGCUGAAGGUCAGCAACUGGGUGACGGAAUUUCUCGUCAACGGCUACAUCUCAUCGUUGGGCAACCACGAAUUGGCACGAAUAGUGCUAGCCAAUGGACAAAGAAUCGUCACCGACUUUACCAGAGACCCAACCAGCGUCCUCCAGGGUGUUGACUUGUUCAGAGGCGUCAACUGGUGGAAAACUCCCAACAUGAUUUCCAUGGUGAUCCCCAUCAGAUGGGCAUACGACCUCUUCUCGCGCUUGGUAAUCAACAAGGCCCACUUCGACUUGACAUUGAGCAUACGGCCCCGCGAGAUCACCAACAGCCUUCCUCCAGGUGACGUGGAGGUACUCGAGGAGCUCAACGACAAGCUCAAGGAGCUCGAACGCAGAAUCCAGCACGAACGCAUCGAGGUCAGAAAGCACCUUAAGAUCUCGCCUGGCUCUCAUUCGCUCUAUCUCCACUUGAAGAAGCGCGUGCUCUUACUCCAGACCAUUUUGACCUCCAACAUCCCCUUCAGCUACGUCAGACUCACUCUUGCAAACUGGUGGUACAAACUCAAGGCCUGCUUGGUCAACGACUACUCGCAGACUUUGCUUACACAGUCCACUAUGAUCCGGUGUGUCACCACCUUGAUCUGGCCGUACUUGAGCUCCAAAUUGGGCACGGUUGUGUUCCACACCGUAUUGGGGAGAAUGGUACCAGUGCCAAAUGUGCCCCACGAGAAAUUGGUGCUUUUGAGCAAUAUCAUCGGUCUCGUGGGAGUAGUGUUUGUAAAGGACUUGGCCAACCUCUACCUCAGCUACAAAAGGGCCAACCAGUUGUCCAACAUGAGGAUCUUGACCAGCUACUCGCCUCCCGAGAAGAAGGACACAAGCAAGCCGGAACCGGGACAUUUAGACAGGAUAAAUUCCAAUGUCACGGCCGCAUACAAUCGGUUUUUUGCCCCAGCCACCUCGACAGAAAACUACCCUACCACGGAAGAAUCGGGCGAUGAAGAGUACCAGGAUACUCAGUCGUUUCCCGGUAGUUACCCUUGGUGA